AUGAACUGGCAAUCAAACUGGAAGGUUCAUGAUUCUGCAUUUGGAAUUAAUAAUUGCUCAGAAGAACCAAAUAAGUAUUAAAGCGGAAUUCUAUUUGGCUUCUUAGAAAGCUAUAAUUAUGAAUACUCUUCCUAUGCUGUUUUGGGAAGUUAAAACUCUGAUUUGUAAUAAUUAGCUUGGACUAUGGCAUACAUUGACAUUUCUAAUGAAUUUAAUGUGCAACUUAUAUCAGACAAUUAAUCAGAUCGUCCUACAAUAUCAAAUUAUUAAGCUGGCACUUUUAACUUAGACGAUCUGAACAGAACUUUUUACUAAUCCUUUGAUUUUAACAUAAACACUUAAAUGUAAAUUAAAAUAGGAGGAAAUUUUACAUAAGUAAUCGAAUUUUACUAUGAAGAUGGCCUAAAAAGUAAGAAUUUAGAAUUGAUUGUUGGGGGAUAAAAUUGUUCUGAUAUAUUUGCUGAAUAUACCUUAUAUGAAUCAAAUGAUACUUUAAGCAACCUAGCUUAUUUGAAAAUUUUAAAUGGCUAGCUUGUAUUUAAAUCAGAAUAAUUUGGAAUAGCCAGCGAUACAAGAUAGCUUUACUUUGCUGUUCAGAAUAAUGCAAGAAAUUUCACACAAGCUAUUACAGUUUAUAUAAAGAGGCUCUGUGAACCAUUAAUAUAAAACGUCACAGACAGUAUCAAAUUUGACUAUUUAAACUCCUAAGAUUCAGGCAAUCUAUUAUUUUUGCCUAAGGUAGUAAUACCAGCUAACUUUACUCCGAAAUGUUCGGUGUCUAACAAGAUAGAUACCAAUAACCAUAAGGGUUACAAGUACAUGCAUAUAAAAUGGUUACUUUAUUCCUAACACUCCAAAUUAAAUAAACUAUAUAAUAGGUUUGGAUUAAAAGGUAAAGAUUACUGA